CAAACCCACUGUGAUGUGCCACCCCCCUUAUCGCGACUUCAAGCGGAGUCGGUGGAGAGGCGGCACGUUCGUUAGUGUUUCCCCGGUAUAUAUGGAGGUUGCUGCACAGAGUGAGCGCGAACUUGGAAGAGAGGGGAGCUAUAUGAGCUCAAAGGUCUUUGUUUCUGUUUUACGUCCUUGACCGGUUUUUCAAGACCUCUCACUCUCUCUCACUCUCUCCCCCUCUGUCUUUCUCUCCAUCCGGCCGGUACUGACGACGUUGGACACGUUUGUGCGAACGACGACCUUGAAAGGGGGACCAUACGACGACAGAGACGCCCAACUUCUCCUCUCGAGGAGACAACAAGAAAAACGCCAUGACCGAGCCCAGAAAGUCGGAAGAAGCCAAGGCAGACGUCAGCCAGAUGGAGCGCGUCCUGACAGGAGGCUCCAAUGGUGGCGGGCCCGACAAGCCUGUCGCCAAGAGCGGCAAGGUCGACGAGUUUGGGGCGCACACCAAGACGGACCCCAAGGAGAUUGCGCUCGUCAAGAAGAUUGACUGGUACAUCCUGCCCAUCCUCUGGGUCAUGUACUUCCUCAACUUCCUCGACCGCAACGCCAUGAUCAACGGCAAGCUCAACUCGCUCGCCACCGACCUCAAGCUUAAGGGGACCGAGUACAACACCUGCGUCUCCAUCCUAUUCGUCGGAUACCUGUGCGGGCAGAUCCCCUCCAACAUGAUCCUCAACCGGGUGCGGCCGUCCUGGUACAUGGCGGGCUUCAUGUUGGCCUGGUCCAUCAUCAGCCUGCUCACGUACCUGGCCCACGACUACAAGACCAUGUUGAUAUGCCGCUUCUUGCUUGGCAUCACCGAGGCUCCGUUCUACCCCGGCGCGCUGUACAUGCUCAGCAUGUUCUACACCCGUAAGGAGAUUGCGACUCGCAUGGCCAUCUUCUACACCGGCAACAUGCUUGCCAGCGCCUUCUCCGGCCUGAUCGCCGCCGGUAUCUUUGCCGGCUUGGACGGGAAGCAUGGCCUCGCGGGAUGGCAAUGGCUCUUCAUCAUCCAGGGAGCCGUCUCGAUCGGCGUCGCCUUCGGGGCCUUCUACUUCCUCCCCAACGCGCCCCUCCAGACCCGCUGGCUCACCCCCGAGCAGCGGCAGAUGGCCCACCAGCGCAUCUUUGACGACACGACGGACCGCCGCGAGGGCAAGACGAGCGUGUGGAAGGGCCUGCGCGAGGCCUGCACCGACUGGCGCACCUGGGUCUUCUGCCUCAUGGACAACAUGCACCUCUCGGCCAACGGCUUCAAGAACUUCUUGCCGAGCGUCGUCAAGACGCUCAAGUACAACACCACCAUCACCCUGGUCCUGACGUGCCCCCCUUACAUCCUGGCGGGCAUCAUGAGCAUCGUCGUCUCGCACUCGUCCGGUCGCUUCAACGAGCGCACGUGGCAUACGACCGUGAGCAAGCUGAUCGCGUGUGCCGGCUUUGCCAUGGCCGUGGCGACUCUCAACACCACGGUCAGAUAUGUCGGUAUCAUGAUCUUCGUAGGCGCCACGUACGGUGUAAACAACAUCAUUCUCGGCUGGACCGCUUCCACGCUGGGACAGACCGACGAGAAGAAGGCCGUCGCCAUUGCCAUGGCCAACACCUUCGGCAACCUCGCCAGCGUCUACACGCCCUACUUAUGGCCGGAAUCCGACGAGCCGAGGUACCUGAAGGCCAUGCUGGCCAGCAUCGCCUUCUCGCUCGGUGUCAUCAUCUGCGCCUGGGUCAUGCGGCUCACAUUGCAGAGGCAGAACCGGAAGAUCCUGGCGACGAACCCGGAUGCUCUGAACCUGUACGUGUACUAAACUGGGUGAAGUGAAGAAAGUAAAGAGGUCUCACAACGAGGGUGGGGGUUUUGGAUUACGGGCUACAUUUUAUAUCAAGACACACGGAUUCAACUCAGUUAGACUGCCGGGUUGAGAGGACAUGUGGGAUGGUAGAAUGCACUAGAGAUUUAGAGAGAUAGACUUCUCCCUCUUGAAUAAUGACUCAUGAUGUAUCAACGAUGACAAACUACUUU